AUUACCGGAGCCACACGUUCCAGACACCGCACCACCGGAAUCAAUCUCGCAAUCUAAACUCUAAACAUAUUCUUUGAUCCUCUAGUCGCUCUAAUGGCUCGUACAAAGCAGACCGCUCGUAAGUCGACCGGUGGAAAGGCUCCCCGGAAGCAGUUGGCCACCAAAGCCGCCAGGAAAUCCGCUCCGGCAACCGGAGGAGUGAAGAAGCCCCACCGUUUCCGCCCAGGAACUGUUGCUCUGAGGGAGAUCCGGAAGUACCAGAAAUCUACAGAGCUUUUGAUUCGAAAGCUCCCAUUCCAGAGGCUUGUUCGGGAAAUCGCUCAGGAUUUCAAGACGGAUCUGAGGUUCCAGAGCAGCGCUGUGUCGGCUCUCCAGGAGGCGGCCGAGGCUUACCUUGUUGGACUCUUCGAGGACACGAACCUUUGCGCCAUUCAUGCUAAGAGGGUCACCAUUAUGCCUAAGGAUAUGCAGCUGGCGAGGAGGAUUCGCGGAGAGAGGGCCUAAUCCUGAGCUUUGAAGUCUAUUUUAAUUUUGAUUUCUGAUUUCUGUAAUUUUAUGAACUGCUAGGGUUUUGCUAUGUUUUGUUGCUUGGUUUGCAAGGUGGUAGUAAAAAAUUUAUGUAAAUCUUGCUGUUUACUGGUAAUCAUCCACCAAGGUAGUGUCUGUUUGGAAUCUAAUUUGACUAAGCAAUGCAAUUUGCCUUUCAGUUUGGUCUACAUUUCUUUACCAGUGAUUGUAGAUCCUAAUUGUGCUUACACAAUGAUUAGGCAAUGGUUGGAAUUUCC